AUGUCGACAAUGUCAGCGCUCCAGCUAUCGCGACAGCUCACACUGCGCACUAUGCGUGCACCGCAGACCUCGCUUCUCCUCCGCCAACUCACACUCUCCCGCCCUGCCAGCAGCAGCUCCAAACCAGUGCCCAAGGGCCGACUACUCGAGAAGCCCACACGCUUCAACCCACCAUCACACCCUGCUCGCCUACCCCGCCGUAACAGACAACCCGCCUUCUCAGUACCUUUGAGCGCCAAGGAAAAGGCACAGCAAAAGACGAAGCAAUACCCACACAUGAUGCCACCCGAAGGAACCUUUUUCCACUGGUUCCUCACAAACCGCACCAUCCAUGUGUGGAUCACCAUGUCCAUCCUCAUCUCCCUCGCCUUCUUCACCUGGCUAAACAACUUUCUGGCAAACACACCCUACCUCGAUCAACUACCACCCAACAACAUGUUCUUCUCCCAUCCCAUCGCCUUCCUCUCUCGCUACGCUCAAGUCUACAAUCUGCAUUCUCAAUACAUCUCCAUCCAAACAGCCGAAUACCGCAAAAACAAAGUCGACGAUGUGAGAAAGAGGGCAGAGUUCAGGAAAGCGCAUGGCUUGAAUGAGGCCGAGGGUGUGUUUGGUGGGUGGAGUGCUAGGGAUGACAAGAGUGAGGCUCUGGCGGCUGUGGGGAAUGAGAUGGCCGUGGGAAAGGAGAGUGAGGCUUUGGCGGCUGCGGCGGUCGACAAGGAGGGUGCUGAGGAGAUGUAUACCGAUUUUGAAGGCAGGAGGAAGCCGAUUAAGAAGUGGUUGGGUAUUUGGUAA